AAAGUUUAACAGAUGAAAAAGAGCUUGAUAUAAGAAAUAAAUUCAUCAUUGCUGAUGACUUGAUCAAAGUAUCGCCACUAAAAUCCUUAUUAAUACCCAAAAACAAGUAUUAUAGCAAAUUAAUUCCUGAAG